AUGGCGUCCGCAGAGACCCCUAAUGUACCUACUACCGAGGCUCUCGCUCUAUCGGCCUCUGUAUUCGCGUCCUCCGUCUCCUCCUGGCUCCCCGCCAACUUUGGGCACAAGGUCCCCGCCGCCGACGCCGAGAAGGAGUGGCAGGCGCUCCUCCGGUCUGCCGGCGAAGGAAAGGACCGACUAGGCCUUGGACAUCCAGCGCUAAAUGCCCCGAAGGUCGGAGGUGGAGGAUAUAAGGGCGGAUUGCAGGGAUUGGAGCGGAGUCUGAAGAAUGGGAAACGGCGGCAAGGGGAAGAAGAGAAGGAGCGGGGAGGUAAACCCUCUGCGGAUGCACAGGGGGAUGAGGUGGAAUCGGAGGAGGAGGAAAGUAGGGCGAGUAUGGUGGGGAAGCGGAAGCGGCAGGGAAUGGUCGACCCGUUGGGCGGGAAGAAGAAGAAGAAGGCCGCGGCGACGGGGACAGGGACCAACGGGGCGGCGGUCGCGACCAGCGGGGAGACUUCUGCACAAGCAAGUCCUGCUAUGGCCGAGACCGCUCAAGCCAAUGAGGCCACGCCGGCGCCCACCACGGACAAACAAGUCGAACAAGUCGAGGCCGCACCCGCAACUCCCGCCAAGACACCAUCCAAAGCCAACCCCAAUUCUCCCGUCAACACAAAGGACACUCCCAAACCCUCGACCAUCGCAUCAUUGGCCUCUUGUCCUCUCCCAUCGGACUCCCAACAAGUCAACCCAUCUGCCCAAAACUCCCCCGUCAAAUCCAAAUCGGCGAUCAAGCGGGAAAAGAAGAAGCUGGCCAAGGCGAGGAAGGCGCUGGAGCAGGAGCAGCAGUCCUCGCUGUCGUGA